AUGGCUCAGGGUUUGAUCGAUGAAGCAAGCCGAGGCUCCCACUCUGAUGAAUUAUCUACCGAUGAAGGCACACUGGAACCAUUGUGUCAUAUACUCACGCCAAUCGGGAUGCUUGGGUAUGGAUUCGACGAGAGCCUGAUCUAUAAAGCACUCCAGGAUCUGGCAACAAAUGAAACCCCCACAGCGUUGAUUCUCGACUCGGGCUCAACUGAUGGAGGUCCAUUAAAACUUGCCACGGGUUCUAUGACAGCUCCACGGGUUGCCUACAUACGCGAUCUGCGCAAGCUCCUUGCACUCAGUCAUGAGUUCAAGGUUCCCGUCAUUAUUUCUUCCGCUGGAGGAGAUGGGACGAACGAGCACGUUGACGAGGUCUUGGCUAUUGUUCAAGAAAUCAUAGAAGAAGAACCAAAAACUAACUACAAAUUCAAAGCUGUUGGCAUAUACAGUGGUGUCACGAAAGUCAAAGUUCUCAAAGCCCUCGCGGCUGAUGAGGUGACCGGCUGUGGGGUUUCAGUCCCGGCGCUGACAACACAAGAUGUCGAAGAUGCUACGGUGGUAGUUGCUCAGAUGGGACCAGAGCCGUUUAUGGAUGUUAUGGGUGCAGAGACAUACGAUAUCAUUAUCGGCGGCCGAGCGUACGAUCCAAGUCCAUACAUUGCGUUUUGUGCGGACCUGGCGACAAAGAAAUUUGGCCUGCCGUUCGAGUCACUGAAGCCGACGCAACUGGGAGGCUUUGCGUUCAUGGGUAAGAUCAUGGAAUGCGGAGCUCUUUGCUCUAUUCCAAAAAGUGCAUCUUCGAAAGCUACCAUAUAUUGCGAUGGCACCUUUGACAUUGUCCCCUUGAGCCCAAAUUCCUACUGUUCACCUGUAUCGGUGGCUGCACACACCUUGUAUGAGAAAACACGACCAGAUAUUCUCCCAGGCCCUGGUGGGAGCUUACACCUAGAUGCUUCCAAAUAUGAGCAGCUGGCUGACGGGCGUUCUGUCCGCGUUACUGGGGCCAUUUUCAAACUCUCCAGGCAGAACCGUCUCCCUUACACUGUCAAAUUGGAAGCAGCAAAGAUAAUUGGAUAUCGCACCCUCUUAAUGGGCGGUUUCCGCGAUCCAAUCCUCAUCAAGGGAAUCGACAGCUUCCUGGAGAGAGCCAAAGCAUAUGUCAAGCAGCAGCACAAAGAAUCUCCAGGAACGUGGGAGCUUGACUGGCAUGUCUAUGGAGUAGAUGGGAUUAUGGGUUCUCUCGAACCCGGUGAUCCGUCGUACCAACCGCGAGAAGUCUUUCUUGUUGGUGAAGCGUUGGCGUCAUCUCAGGAACUCGCAACCAGUGUUGCCAGCUGCGCGAGGAUUGCUUGUGUACAUGGCCCUUACCCGGGACAGCGUGGCACGGGCGGUAACUUUGCAAUGGGUGUUGGAGGAAAGCUGGAAGUUGAGAUGGGUCCCUGCGCGGAGUUUUGCAUCUACCAUCUCAUGCCAUUAGAGAUUGGAGCAGAGCACGCUCAAGAGAUACGGGGAGUCGACACCGCAUCCACAGAUGGCGGGCACACGCCGAUAUUCUCGUGGAGAAGGAUGGUGAUGAGCAGCUGCGCGAAAACGCCGACUUAUGGUCCCUUAGCAACCCAAAUUCCUGAAGCGAUUGCCAUGUCAGAUUUCAAUGGUGUGCGUGAUGUGCAGAAAGCACCUAAGCUGCCACCAUGCUAUCUCAACCUUGCUGACCCACGUACGCUCUGCGAUGUUGCGUCUGUGGUGCGAUCCAAGAACUCUGGUCCGUACGAAAUCACACUCGAUGUUCUUUUUUCGCAGAAGCGUAUUUAUAACCUUAUGCAGACCUCUAACAUUUUGACCCCUUCGGCCAUCGCCAAGUUGUAUAAGCUUCGGGAGGACGAGAUCAUUUACUGCGGGUUCUAUGAUCAGGCAAUGGCAUUCAAGGCGACGAUUCCGAGAAAGAGGUUAGGAAAAGCGAUUUCGGGGGGUUCUUUCAUGGAGGCCGAUGUUCAUGGAAGUCAACAGUAUGCAGGACUGCUUGGUUUAGACCUAAGCCAGGAGGUAAGAAGAGUUAUUCUUGGUUGGAGUUAA